GUUGCCGUUUCCUUUCACCACGUGGAAUCCUCAUACGAGAGAUAGAAGAACGACGGCGGCCGUCCAUUGGUCCCAAAAGGCCGAAAGGUUUUUCAAAAGGGCAACCAUGCAUGCCCUAUUACCUUUGUAUAUAAGUAAUAUAAGUAUCUAACUAUAUAUAUAUUCACCUCCCACCAAACAAAACAGUCCAUUCUUCAUUUCUUAUCCUUCAAAUUUCAAAAUCAUCAGCUAAUUAUUCUUCAGACAAGAAACAUGAACUGGACUAGAGGCCGUACAAUCGGCGUUGGCUCCUCGGCCACCGUCUCCUUAGCCAGGUUUUGUGAUUCCGGGGAGAUUUUCGCGGUGAAGUCAGCAAGUCUCGCACAUUCUCACUCCCUUCAGGUGGAGCAGGAGCUUCUGUCUACUUUGAGCUGCGCUCAACUCGUGUCUUACAAGGGCUGCAACAUCUCCACGGAAAACGGUAACGUUCUUUACAAUCUCUGCCUCGAGUAUGCACCGGCCGGCACACUUUCCGAUGAAGUUCGAAGGCAAGGUGGGUCAUUUAGCGAGUCCACGAUGAGAUCCUACACGAGGCAGAUACUAUUGGGGAUGGAGUACCUGCAUGCUAAUGGAAUUGUACAUUGUGACAUUAAGGGUCGAAAUAUUUUGAUGACCGAUGAGGGCGCCAAGUUAGCUGAUUUUGGUUGUGCUCGACGGGUAAAUGGGGAUCAUGGCUCUUAUACAAUUAGCGGCACCCCUCUCUACUUGGCACCAGAGGCGGCGCGUGGAGAGCAACAAGGGUUUCCGGCGGAUGUGUGGGCUCUAGGAUGUACAAUCAUCGAAAUGGCUACAGGGCAGGCGCCGUGGCCUACACUUUCAGACCCGGUAUCGGGUUUGUACCGUAUCGGGUUUUCGGUUGAUGUGCCCGAGAUUCCAAGCUCUUUGUCAAAGCAAGGUAUGGAAUUUGUCAGCAAGUGUUUGAGGAGAGACCCGUUGGAGAGGUGGUCAGCUAGUGAGCUACUCAAGCAUCCUUUUCUUCUCGGGGAAGAGGAACCCUGUUGUUGGAACAGUCCCACAACUGUGUUGGAUUAUGAUUUGUGGGACUUGGAGAAGUUUGAUGAUAUGGAAUGGGAACAAAGUACCUGUUCAAACUCAGCUAGGGAAAGAAUUCGACGGUUGAGUGAAGAGAAGGCCGAUACAGCGUCGUUAUCCGGUGGAAUGCUCAGUUGGGCUUGUGAUGGAGAUUGGGUGACAGUGAGAAGCAACAAGGAGGUCGAUACAUUGCCACAAAAUGUCGAUCAAGAUUAUGAAGAUGAGGCAACAAAUACGGAUUCUAGUGCUAGUAGUAUUGGGUUGGGAUUGGGCACUGAUAAUGGUAGUUUUAGAAGGGAUAUGAAGUGUGGGUCUUUAAAGGCCUCAAAUUCCAAAUGUAGAGAAAAUAUGUAUUGUGUAAACUCAAACUUUCAUAAUGAGGAAUUCUGGUUCUUUGUGCAUGACAUACAUCCCUAUCUGAUGAUGACGAUCUGUUUAUGA